GUAAUGUGAAUUCCAGCUAUCGCUCAGUCACAUGCAAUCCACGCCACUGCUGCAUUGCUCAUCGCUCUGUGUUUGAUUUCCAAACAAUUCUCCAUGACACAUGUUAGAUGAGCCAAAUAGAUGUGGCUCAUUUCUUGGAUUCAGCCUUGACAGUCAGAUGGGAGAGAAUGCUCCCGCUGGCAGUUGUUCUCGUCACCUGGACUCAGGGCUAUCCCACACACUGCAUACAGUGCUUUGCAUAUAGUACUGUAUAAUUUCCAUAUACAGUAGAAUAUGAUUUUUAAAGUCUUUAGCCAACAAAGACGGUCCAAGCUUUAAUCUUCUAUAUUUGCGAGUCCAUCUAUUUUCUCCUCAUUGUAAUCACUAUAUUUACUAUUUUUAGAGAUGAUUAUUUUUUUCUUCUGCAUCUGAAACAGAAUAAUUUAAAACACAUUAUACAAUAGUGUCAAAAACAAUCAUUCUUACUGUGUGCUGAGUGAAGACAGAGAAGAAAAGUCUUAUCUGUCAGCAGGCUCAAAGCACAGACUUCAUUUUGUACUUCGGUGUUGAGAAAUGAUAGCUUUUGGAUUCCAAAUGAUGGGGAUUGACAUGAUAUGAGACUUUUCAACAAUCUCCAAUAAUGACCUUCUCUCUGAACCUACAAACUGUCAGGUAAUAACACGGCACAGGUGAAAAUGGACAAUCUUUUGGCACAGGUAAAAAGUGCUACCUAGCAACGCCCCGGCUUCCUAUCAAUAGUCAGGUAUCUCUGGAGAUGCUCCCCCCACCUACAAAGACCCGGUUCAGUUUAGUUUCACAGGCCCCGUGACCCUGUGGACAAACAACAGCCUCAUUCUCUGCACCACUGCUGACCUCAUUGUCUCUUUGUGAAGGGAAAAUCCAGAGUUGCAUUCUGUUAAAAGCCAAAAGGUGCAUCCACCGCGAGCGGGACGGACCUGUCCACCUCCAGCCUGGGCCCACCGAUGAACACACACACACCAGGAAAACAUGAGCCUUGAUGGAGACACAUUAUCAGUGAUUGAGAACCCGGCGGCUGUUAGUCCUGCUUUUCACUCGAGGAAAACAGCAGGAGUCGCCGAGACCCAGGCAGCGCAGGGCUGGUUAAAAGGGAUUAAUUCUACGAGUCUGGCUCACAGGCUCUUGCGGCUGCUGGCAGCAGUGUGUGCAGUUGGGCUCCUGGGAGGCUUAGCUGUAGGUGUCUGGUUUCUAGUGAAGCUUCUGCUCAGACCUUCCUCCUCUCAGAGUCCAGUGGGACUCGGGGACACAAAGGAGACAUCGUUCUGUAACGUGACAGAGAACGUUUCCAUCGCUGAUCCCAGGAAAGUGUUUUACAGAAUCAGCCCGGAGAACUCCAUUCUCGAGAUCCAGCUGGGGAAGCUUCCCACCUGGCUGCCCGUGUGCUACGAGAGGUGGAACUCCUCGCUGGGAACACUGGUCUGCAGACAGCUGGGUUAUCUCAGACUGACCAAGCAUAAAGGAGUGAAUCUAACUGAUAUUGGGCCAAACUACACUGAUGGCUUCAUACAAAUUACCUCAGAACACAAGAGCACUCUGGAAAAUAUGUGGCAAUUCAGGGGAAACUGCGUCACAGGGAAGGUCAUUGCUUUGCAGUGUUUUGAGUGUGGGACACGAGCAAAGCUGCCUAGGAUAAUCGGAGGUGUCGAGGCCCCGCUGGGCAGGUGGCCAUGGCAGGUCAGCCUCUACUACAGCAACCGUCACACCUGUGGAGGCUCCAUCAUCACCAGUCAAUGGGUAGUCACAGCUGCUCACUGUGUGCACAACUAUCGACUGCCUCAGGUGUCUAGCUGGGUAGUCUACGCUGGUAUCGUCACCCGCAGCUCAGCUAAAAUGGCUCAGCACACAGGAUAUGCCGUUGAGAAGAUCAUUUACAACAAGAACUACAACCACAGGAGCCAUGAUAGUGAUAUAGCCCUGAUGAAACUCCGGGCCCCACUGAAUUUCUCCGAGACAAUUAGGCCUGUCUGUUUGCCUCAGUAUGACUAUGAUCUUCCAGGAGGUACACAAUGCUGGAUCUCUGGAUGGGGAUAUACACAGCCUGAUGGAGUUCAAUCACCUGACACCCUGAAAGAGGCGCCAGUUCCCAUAAUAAGUACAAAGAAAUGUAACAGCUCCUGCAUGUACAACGGAGAGAUCUCACCGCGGAUGCUUUGUGCCGGAUACACAGAGGGAAAAGUGGAUGCCUGUCAGGGGGACAGUGGGGGUCCUCUGGUUUGCCACGAUGACAAUGUGUGGAGGCUUGUAGGGGUUGUCAGCUGGGGGACUGGCUGUGCUGAGCCCAACCAUCCUGGAGUUUACACCAAAGUGUCUGAAUUCCUGGGCUGGAUCUAUGACAUGAUUGAGAAUUACUGAUGAGGAGACGUGAAGCAGAACAAGGAUGCUACUGACAAUAAUGUCUCAGAUACUGUAUUGAAAAAUAUUUAUUCACAUUUUUACUUUGAAUGUCCGUUAUAUAAUGUUACAACAAAGCAGAUCCAACAC